AUGGCGAUUUUAAUAGUUGUCCUCGUUUUACUCGUCUUUUGCAUUGCGAGGCCGUUGGCCUCAUAUCUUUACGACGCGAAGGACUUUUGGAAGUACCCCAAUUUGAAUUUCCUCUCCGGGUUUACGAGCCUGUCUUACGUUUGGGAGCAUCGACGAAGCUUUCGAACGAGACGAUUAUAUGAUCUACAUCAAAAGCAUCCCAUCAUUCGCCUUGGACCCAAUGCACUUUCCUUCGCAGACGUCAGAGCCAUCAAAGAUAUCUACGGUCACGGAACCCCUUGUCUCAAGGAUGAUGUGUACGCAUUGACAGCAGGAAGUCAUUCUCACCUGCUUAAUGUCGUUGACCGCGAAGACCAUGCUCGCAAGCGCCGAAUGUUGUCCAACGCUUUUGCGACUCGCAACCUCGAACAAUGGGAGUUCAAGAUUACUGACAAGGUCGAAAGGCUUCUCAAACAAUUAGACCAACGAUGUACUUCACCAUUGUCUCCUGACAUGUUGGUCAACCCUGACGAACUUACUGUCAAUUUCAGAUUCUGGUCCAAUCUCUUUACCGUUGACGCCAUAGCCGAUAUUGCUUUGAGCAAAAGGCUUGGUUUGCUGGAUUUGGGUUCCGAUGAUGUGGCUGUAGAUGGUUUCAAUGGUUAUUCCCAAUCUAUCAAAUACCUUGAAAGUCUGCAUCGCGGUAAUCGGGUCUCUUCCCGCAUCAUUGGAGCGAAGGAAUGGUUCCAGUUUCUGCGUGUCCUUUCCACUACGCUUUCCCCAUAUCUGCGAUCCCAAUGGGAACACGGGCGGAAAUUUGGCAGGAUUGUGAGUGCUUUAGCUGGCCAAAGGUUGCAACUGCAAGAGAAGGGCAAUACGCCGAGCGAUUUUCUCGCGUGCUUGAUUGAGGAUAAAAAGGGCAACGCCAGGAGUUUGGACCGAGGAGAAAUCGACGCCGAGGCUAGCAUUUUCCUGGAUGCCGGCUCCGAUACGACAGCAAUUGCCUUGACAGAUGUCAUGUACUACCUCAUUAAGAGCCCCCAGUCAUUAAAGAAACUGAGAGAGGAGGUAGCCGGCGCUCUAUUUGAAAAGGAUGUUGCACCUUAUUCCAAAGUGAAGAAUCUGCCUUACCUGAAAGCUUGCCUAGAUGAGUCGCUGCGAUUAGGGCUGGAGCGAAAGACACCACCGGAAGGCAUGCAGAUUUUGGGAGAGAGUAUCCCUGGCAACGUUACCGUUUCCGUUCCAACAUACGUUGCUCAUCGCGAUCCAGACAUUUUCCCAGCACCAGAAGUCUUCCGGCCAGAAAGGUGGCUAGAAGAUGAGGAGAAGGUUAAACAGAUGCGGGCCGUUUUCAUACCUUUCAGUACCGGUGCCCGGGCAUGUAUCGGACGGAACAUUACAUUCAUCGAACAGCAAAUCCUUGUUGCCACCCUGGUCCAUCGCUAUGACUUUGCAUUGCCCUCGGAGGAUUGGAAGUUAGACUGGGAAGAGGCAUUCAAUCUAUGGCCAGCCCAGAUGCCAUUGAAGAUCUGGAGAAGGGAUGAGAAGGUCGCUUUGAAAAUAGCGCUGUGA